GUCAGACAGACGGCAGCACCGCAGCAGAGAGAGCAUCGUGUUCUCGGAAAUUGCCUGCCGACGACCGUCCGUUGCAACAGCGAAGCAUCAGAGCACGAGCUCCCCCCAUGUACGCCUCCGCGCGCGGUUCGCAGCCACACGUCUCCUCUCGUCCUCUCGACCACUCUACUGUACCACUACCAUCCUCGCCUUGCAGCGGCAGCAGCAAGAACACCAGCGUCCGAUUCGGCGGAUACAAGAACCAAGCCGCGCGCGCCCACCGGAGGAGCGUCGCCGUAGCAGCCGACAUGUCGGACGCCGGCGACAGGGAUCUGCAGAAGCUGGCGCCGCUGGAGGCCAUCCUGUUCGACAUCGACGGCACCCUCUGCGACUCGGAUCCCUUCCACUUCCUCGCCUUCCGCGACCUGCUGCAGCAGGUUGGCUUCAACGACGGGGUCCCCAUCACCGAGGAGUUCUACAGCGCCAACAUCAGCGGAUGGCACAACGACGCCCUCGCCGGCCAGCUGUUCCCGGAGCUCGACCACGACAAGGCCAUGGAGUUCAUGGACCAGAAGGAAGCACUCUUCAGAAGGUUGGCGGCAGGAGAGCUCAAAGGACUAGACGGCCUGCAGGAUCUGUGUAAGUGGAUUGAAGACCGCAACCUGAAGCGUGCAGCGGUGACGAACGCCCCAAGAGCGAACGCCGAGCUUGUGCUGUCGCUCCUCGGGCUCACCAGCUUCUUCCCUGUGCUCGUCAUCGGGAGCGAGUGCGAGAGAGCCAAGCCGUCCCCGGACCCCUAUCUCAAGGCCCUCGAGCUCAUCGGUGCUUCUCCUGAUCACACCUUCAUAUUUGAGGACUCUGCGUCGGGAGUCCGGGCUGGUGUCGCUGCUGGUGUCGCCGUGGUUGGCCUUACCACGGGGAACCCGGAGAAGGUGCUGAGGGACGCGGGGGCGAGCUUGCUGAUCGAGGAUUUCCGGGACCCAAAGCUGCUGGCCAUGCUUCAGGAGCUGGACCCUGCCGCUGCAGAGAAGUAAGGCUGAUCAGCUGAUGUCCACGCUUACUGCUUACUGGGCACUAGCGAGGUAGCGAACAGUGAUCCUGAUUUUUCAUAGUCUCAUACAUGAACUUGAAUAAUUGAGCAGUAUUUAUCUUGCACCACCGCGUGGUUGGAAGAACGGUCUGUUGGUAUUUGCAUAUUGCAAGUUAAGCAGUGGUCUUCAGUGCUUGUCAGAGGAAUUUGCGGUGACAUAUCCCGCGACUAUGAAUCUGAAUUGUCCCAA